AGUUACCUUUCCUCUGGAACUCUCCUAGGCCACGCCCCCUGUGGCAACACCUGAGUUUGGGCAGAAAGGAGGGUGCUGCACAGCCCGCCCCUUCUGAGCUGUCUGGGCCGGCUCCUCAUUCCAGAACAAUUCAGGCUUCACAGCAACUCAGACCUCAGCUCCCACAUCUGUGUUCUGAGGCAACGAUGGCCGAGAUGGACAGAAUGCUUCAUUCUGGAAGGAAACAGUGUUCCAGGUCAAGCUGAGUCUGCCAAACACAGACCCUCCCGAUGGUUCUAGAAGAAAUCUCGACAAAUCAUGUGGUUUUUCUACGCCUCGAUUCCAUGUUUGCUCAUAGAUGGAGCAGCUGUUCUGCCUGCCCCUCAGAACCUCUCUGUGCAAUCAACCAACAUGAAGCAUCUCUUGACGUGGAGCCCAGUGAUCGUGCCUGGAGAAGUAAUAGACUAUUCUGUCGAGUACCAGGGAGAGUAUGAGAGCCUGUACAUGAGCCACAUCUGGAUCCCCAGCAGCUGGUGCUCACCCACGGAAGAUCCUGAGUGUGACAUCACUGAUGACAUCACUGCCACUGUGCCAUACAACCUCCGUGUCAGGGCCACCCUGGGCUCACAGACUUCAGCCUGGAGCGCCCUGAAGCACCCCUUUAAUCGAAACUCAACUAUCCUCACCCCACCUAGGAUGGAAGUCACCAAGAAUGGCUUCCACCUGGUUAUUGAGCUGGAAGACUUGGGGCCCCAGUUUGAGUUCCUUGUGGCCUACUGGAGGAGGGAGCCUGGUGCCAAGGAGCACGUCAAAACGGUGAGGAGCGGGGGCAUUCCAGUGCACCUGGAAACCACGGAGCCGGGGGCUGCCUACUGUGUGAAGGCCCAGACGUUCGCGAAGGCCAUUGGGAGGCACAGCGCCUUCAGCCAGGUGGAAUGUGUCAAGGUGCAGGGAGAGACACUCUCCCUGGCACUGGCCCUGUUUGCAUUUGCUGGCUUCCUGCUGAUCCUUGUGGUUGUGCUGUUCACCAUCUGGAAGAUGGGUCAGCUGCUCCGGUACUCCUGUUGCCCCGUGGUGGUGCUCCCCGACACCUUGAAAAUAACCAAUUCACCCCAGAAGUUAGUCAGCUGCAGAAGAGAAGAGGUGGAAGCCUGUGCCAUGGCUGUGCUGUCUUCUGAGGAGCUUUUCAGGGCCUGGAGCUAGCAGGCUGGGGAAGGGCCCAGUGAAGCUGAGAAAACUGGUCUGCGUGACACAGAGCCAUGAGGGGAAAGGCUGUGGAUCUGUUCUCCUCCAUGAACAAAGGACAAGAGAAGUAGGAAGAGCCUGUCGUGUCUAGAAGGUCUAGAAGCCACUGUCAGGCAGACAGAGCACUGAGUGGGGGUUAGGAGAUGUGACCUCUAGAACUGGACCCAGCUGCCAUUCACUAGCUGAAUGACCCUGGGGAAAGUGACUUAGUCUCUCUGGUCCUCAGUCUUCUCAUCUGAGAAAAUACAACAACACAUAUAGAUAUAUAUCUCCAUAUAUAUAUCUCUAGUACCAGCGGAGCUGUAGGGAAAUUGGUGACAGUGGAUUGGUUCAGCUUUCUCAAGAGCAGUAUACAAAUGUGUAACAAGAAUGAUCAAUGACUCUAUACACUGAUUGGCUUGGAGAUCCCACUUUCCUAGAGGAAACCUUGACGAGGAAGGAAGGAUGGGUAUAAUAGUAUUGAUUUCCCUUCAAGCCAAAUGUCUGCGCAGAGGUGAAUGGCUCAGCCAGCUCCACAAUACGCGACCUGGAGGGAGGCCGCAGCCC